GGCGUAUUAACCGACUCAGUAUAGCGAAACUAGAUUGUGAUUGGACAGCUUCCCUGAACAAAUUCGACCUCAUCAAAUUUGAGAUUCCCAAAGAUUGCUGCUCUCCUGAACAUUUUAACUAGGGAUUACACCAGAGUCCCCAGAGCGAUCAAGAUGCUUGAACGCUUUAUAAGCCCUUUCUAUCCUCCCAUCGAGGACCGUUCACCGCUACCGGUCCUAUAUACGCCCGGAGCGUUCGUGGUACUGGUGUUCGGCUAUGCAAUAGGGCCCGGCCCAAUCCGGACAGCUACCAUCAGCUUGUUGCUAGUCCUCUUCGCUCUCCAGAGGCCAUACUACACCGUCGGUAAUGCGGCACAGGACUACGGUCUUUCCGGUUGGUUCAUCGUCUUCUUACCAUUAUUCCUAGACUUUAGUGCUACGAACCCGCGCUGGGUAGGCCGAAUAGAUGAACACCCACCGAGGAAAGAUAACAAGGGUAUCACACGGUACGAUCUCAAGACAUGGUCGCAACGCCUGGCGUAAGCGUUCCGCCUAGCCACGACUCUACGUGGCAUUGGCUGGGAUUGGCAGGUCAAAAGCGUACCGGGGCAUCUGGAGUCAAAUGCACCACGCUCGCAAUUCGUCGGCAAGAGAGUGUUGGACCUCGCCGGGCAUACUUUAGUUAAGUUGAUAGCUCUUUAUAACAUCGGGUUCUGCGAGGCAAUCCAGCAAGAAGCACCACCAUCAUCGUCGUGGGUUGAUUGGAUUCUCAGAGUUGUUAAAAACUAGUGUGGCGCAAUAUGGUCCUGGAAUACGGUCGGUAUCGGAUACGCGGUCAUAUCGAUAAUUGCCGUCCUCUUGGGUAUCUCUGAGCCCUGGGAGUGGCCACCAAUGUUGAAUUCGGUAGCGAUGGCCACGAGUGUGAGGAAGACGUGGAGGUAAGUAGAUCGAUCAGUAUGCGUGAUACUGACAACUGCGAAUGCUAAUGCUAAGCCCAUAUAGUGUUGCGUAUCAUCAACUCUU